UAUUGUACGAUUACGGUAGUUGUAUAUGUCCAGUGCCAGUUGAUUUUAUUCUUUAUUAGUUACGAAAAUUUAUAGUGUUGAUGAACCUAAAUGUUAUAUGAUUUGGCAGGUAGGAUAAGAACUGCUUUUGUUUUUAAUGACAUAAUUUUAUUUCGCAUGUGUGCAAAUAUGUUCACAGAUUAUACCUAAAUGUAAUUAAGAUACGAACCGCGUACCAGUUUAUAAUUGGCGCUUAUUUCAAAUAAGCUUGAUCGAUUGCUACAGAUUCUCGGCCGUAUUUUUAAUCGACUCGGAUCGAUAUUUAGUCGAUAUGUUACAAACAACGCCCUAAUUUAAUGCCUUUUCAGGACAGCCAAUACAGUUGGACGGAUGAUUUACCAGUCUGCAAGCAAUCUGGAGUAGGAUUUUCUACGAAUCAAAUUUAUCGCGAGGAUGGAUAUAGACAGGAGGAACACCCAUUCGAAGAUCGCAGUUUUCAUUGCCGUUACGACGAUACAACGUUCCUUUAUGGAGUGUUCGAUGGUCACGAAGGGACUAAAGCAGCAAAUUUUGCUAUGCAGCGAAUGGCUGCAGAGAUCUUACUUGGCCAGUUGAAUGGAAAAUCAACGAAUGAAGAGAUCAAAGAAGUUCUUAGACAAGCGUUUAUAGCUGUAGAACGAGGGUAUUUAGAUUCCAUUGGUGAUCUUUUGGCCGAACGAACUAGCUUACAGUUUGAUAUACCCGAUGGAUUAAAUUCGUACGAAACGUAUCAAAAAUUUCCACACUUGGUUGAUAAAUUAAAUUCGUUGAACUGUGAACUAUCGACAGGCACAAGUGCAGUUGUUGCUCUUGUGUACGGUGGAAGAUUGUAUGUGUCCAACGUUGGCGACAGUAGAGCUUUACUAUGUAAGACGGACAGUAACCAAGUUUUAAGAGUUAUACAGUUAAGCGUGGAUCAUGAUUUACGGAACGAAGAUGAAUUGUUGCGAUUAUCUCAGUUAGGUUUGGAUAUUGAUUCCAUAAGGCAAGGAUCGCAUCUUGGGAAUCAGGAAAAUACGCGUUGCCUUGGAAAUUAUCUUGUUAAAGGAGAAUACAGAGAAUUCGAAGAAUUAGCAUCCGCCACAGCGGAGCCUAUCAUUGCCGAACCUGAAAUUCAUGGUGGGAUAGAACUCGAUGAUUCCUGUAGGUUUUUGUUACUUAUGUCUCGUGGUCUUUACAAAUCGUUAGAAGAAGCAACUGGUACCGAUCAAGUUAACAAAGAAUUAGCUCUUAUAGCAGUCGAACAGUUUCGCGUACAGUCUACCUUGACGGGAGUUGCUCAAGCUGUUGUAGACAAAGUUGUAAGGAUUCAUCACGAUGUUAAUAUGAGCAACACUCAAAGUACAGUGACCACCGGUAAACGAGAUGACAUAACUCUUCUUGUUCGAAAUUUCAAUUUUCCGCUUCCCCAUGCAUUGAAAAGUCCAACUAAUCAAUCGGUUAGAUUUAAUCCAAUUGUAGAAACCGCUCCGAUAACAACGAUACCGGAGAACGAAGAUUAUUCUAGUACCGGAGUUACGGAUGAAAAUUUCGAUACAUCAACGAGUGAAACAUCCACAACGUCGGAUAUGUAUCCUCCCGGUACAAGACUGACGGACAGAAAUGCUAGAAUCAAGCCUUACGUAAAUUUUUCGGAAUAUUACGAAAACGUAGAGAAAAGACGACGAGAGGGGACGUUACCCGAAGGUAUAAAUUUUUAGUUAGACAAGAGCUUUUAAUAUCAAGCAUGCGAUAUAUUUAUAAAUUAAACACUUUAUGUUUGUACAAAUGCAAUAUUUAUUUUGUAUAAUAUCUUUCAAAUAACAAUCAGCAAUAUUAUAUUUGCUCAAACUGUAUAGAAAAAGUGUUAUAAAUUAGAUUACACAUUUUUUAAUUCGUACGAAGAUUUUGUAGAUCGAUCAAAAUUUGC